AUGAGUGCUACUCCCAUGCCGCCCCAGCUCAAAGCUUGGGUCGAACGCUGCUUCAGCCAAAUGCAGAGCUUACCGGAAUCCAAUCGGGCAGAUGCUACAAAUGAAAUGAAAAAGGUAAUUAGCGAGGCACAGAUGACCGGUACGAUGUGGACCACAGAUUGGGCUGCAGUACAACUGCAAAGUCUACUUCCCAAGCCGAUGCCCACUGGCAACAAGCGUAAAUUUAAUGAUUACGACGGCGUUCAACAUACUCAGCCGACUGGAAAGAAGGCCAAGAAGAAACAGUCGCAGAUCACCAAGUCCGUAUCCUCUAAUGCUCUUGACCCGAAUGACAAGGCUGCUCUGGAGCGACGGGCUCAGCGUUUCCAACGUGAACAUGCGAUCGAACAGCAGAAGGCCAAGGGUGUAUCGUUUUCCGGCUAUGGCAAGAAGUCUGGCUCUCACCACAACAAUAAGCACGGUGGUUACGCCCGCGCUCGAGCUACUUUCGGUGAUGACGAUGAGGAGGCAUUGAUGGAUCCAAAUGUGCCGAACUGGGAUCAUCAUACGCUUGUGGGAACCUCCCAAGAAGUGCUCCGCCCUUACUUCCGCCUGACAUCUGCUCCCCAACCUGAGAACGUUCGUCCGCUCCCCGUAUUGCAUAAGACAUUCGCAGAGCUCAAGCGGAAAUGGCGUGAACCACGAGACGUGGUUCCCUAUAACCACAUAACGAGCUGGUUCAAGAGCUUGCGUCAAGACCUCGUCGUGCAACGCAUCAAGAAUGAGUUCACGGUGCAAGUCUAUGAGGCGCAUGCUCGGAUGGCGUUGGAGAUGGAGGAUCUUCCCGAGUUCAACUCGUGCUUGAACAUGCUCAGCGGUCUCUAUGACAUGGGCAUUGCUGGAAGACGGGAUGAAUUCACCGCCUACACCAUCCUCAUGCUAUGCUACGGACGAAACUUUAGCGCAUUGAAUCUUCAUUUGGGGCGACUAACGCAAGAACAGAAACAGGACCCCGCUAUCAGUCAAGCGUUGGCUAUUCAUCGUGCUAUGACACUUGGUAACUAUCAUGCUCUGUUCAAGCUCUACGCGGAGGUAGAGAACAUGGGGGGAUACAUCAUGGAUCAUCUGGUCGACCGCGAGCGCCUGCGUGCUUUGCUCGUCAUCUGCAAAGCGUACAAGCAGAUCUCUGUGGCUGCCCUUCACUUGGAACUUGGCUUUGACUCUCUCGCGGAAGUAUACGCUUUCUUGGUCGCGCAUGGCAUCGCCUUCUUCACGAAUCCUAACGACGUCGACGAGAACAAGCAGUUCGCGUGCCCAACGGCAGCGGCGGCUGUGGCUCGUGUCGUCGACGAGAAGUUUAGCAAGAAGGUCCAGAUGAAGGGGCGUGUCUAA